GCAUUUAGGAAAUUGGGUUUGGAGUGCAGUCGCUGCCGCAGAAUCCUUCUCGCUCGCUCGUAUUAUUGUAUCUGUGUAUGAUUCGCACAGUUUUGGCUUGCGCCUUCAGGACGACUCGGGCGGUACUGACGUUGACGACCGUGUGGAUCUUGUGAGAGCAUCCCAACCGCACAACCCAUUCCCUUCACCAGGAUGGCGUUAACGAUCUGCACGAGAUUUACCGACGAAUACCAGCUAUUUGAAGAGUUGGGCAAGGGAGCUUUCUCUGUGGUCAGGAGGUGUCUGAAGAUCUCCUCUGGCCAGGAGUAUGCGGCCAAAAUCAUCAACACCAAGAAGCUUUCUGCCAGAGACCACCAGAAGCUUGAGAGAGAGGCGAGGAUUUGCCGUUUAUUGAAACACCCCAAUAUUGUUCGUCUCCAUGACAGCAUAUCAGAAGAAGGCUUCCACUACCUGGUCUUUGAUCUGGUGACAGGAGGAGAGCUGUUUGAGGACAUUGUAGCCAGGGAGUACUACAGUGAGGCUGAUGCCAGUCAUUGUAUACAGCAGAUUCUGGAGAGUGUUCACCACUGCCAUGUCAAUGGAAUAGUGCACAGGGAUCUCAAGCCUGAGAACCUUCUAUUGGCCAGUAAGCUGAAGGGGGCGGCGGUCAAGUUGGCUGACUUUGGAUUGGCCAUCGAGGUGCAGGGGGACCAACAGGCAUGGUUUGGUUUUGCUGGAACUCCGGGCUACCUUUCUCCAGAGGUGCUGAGAAAAGACCCAUAUGGCAAGCCAGUGGACAUGUGGGCUUGUGGGGUCAUCCUGUAUAUCCUGCUGGUUGGCUAUCCGCCAUUCUGGGACGAGGACCAACAUCGCCUGUACCAGCAGAUCAAGGCUGGGGCCUAUGAUUUUCCAUCUCCGGAGUGGGACACAGUGACCCCUGAAGCUAAAGACCUGAUCAACAAGAUGCUGACCAUCAACCCUAGCAAACGUAUCAAUGCCACCGAAGCCCUGAAACACCCCUGGAUCUGCCAACGCUCAACUGUCGCCUCCAUGAUGCACAGACAGGAGACGGUGGAGUGCCUGAAGAAGUUCAACGCCAGGAGGAAACUUAAGGGAGCCAUUCUGACCACUCUGCUGGUCACAAGAAACUUCUCAGCAGCCAAAAGUUUGCUGAACAAGAAAGCGGACGGCGUCAAGGUAAACAACAAAGCCAACACAGUGACCAGCUCUAAAGAAACUGGCCCUGCCCCUGCCCUGGAACCUCAGACCACAGUCAUCCACAACCCUGUAGAUGGAAACAAGGAGUCCAUAGAAAGUGCCAACACCACCAUAGAGGAUGAGGAUGUUAAAGUGCUCCGUCUGGGGAACUUUGUAGGCAGUAUCUUGAGCUCUAAGGGCUGCUCCUCCCAGACCUCGGAGCCCAGGCAGACUCCUACCUCCUCAGUCCAGACCUGCACCAAUAACAAUAAAGCCCGUAAGCAGGAGAUCAUUAAGGUCACUGAGCAGCUGAUUGAGUCUAUCAACAACGGAGACUUUGAAGCUUACGCUAAGAUUUGUGAUCCUGGCCUGACCUCCUUUGAACCUGAGGCCCUGGGCAAUCUGGUGGAGGGUCAUGACUUCCACCGCUUCUACUUUGAGAACGCUCUGUCUAAAGGCAACAAGCCGGUACAUACUAUCCUGCUGAAUCCCCACGUCCACUUGAUCGGAGAGAACGCUGCGUGUAUUGCGUACAUUCGCCUCACCCAGUACAUGGACGCCGCCAGCAUGCCGCGCACCAUGCAGUCCGAGGAGACCCGCGUGUGGCACCGCCGCGACGGGAAGUGGCAAAACAUCCACUUCCACCGCUCUGGGGCUCCCAGUGUCCCAUCCCAUUAAUGGAAUAUCAAGAUUAAGUUGAAAAUCCCAUCAACGAUUCUCUGUGACGGGCAAUCAACUAGCCAACCCCUGAUUGCCCACUGACCCCCCUAUAAAGACAUAACAUCGCACAGGACAACAAUAUCAACACAUUUUAAUGUUAACACAUUUUACUACAGAAAGUCAUUGGUACCACAGACGGUGGCAGCACACCAUAUUUGGACAUUGUCAGAUGAGCUUAUAACUGACAUUUCUUUUUUCUGUUUUUUAAGCUGUUUUGGUAUGCAUUUUACAUAUAUAGAGAGAGAUGUUAAAAAUCUACUACUGUAACCUCUCCCGAAAAUUAGUUCUGUAUUUUUAUGUGUAUUUAUGUGUGUGCAAUACGAAACAUUUGAAAGAUCAGAAUGUUAAAAUUGAGCUUGCUUUAGUUCUGGUGAUGUACAUAUGAAUACAUUGUGAUUGUUGAUCACAAUGUAUUCAUCAAUUUAGUGUCACAAACAGACACUAAAUUGCUAUUCUUGCUAUCAGAGGAAUUAAGAAUUUACGUAAAUUUAUGAGCUACAUUUCUCUUUGCUAUGAGCUAAGUCAUGUUUGAAUCAUCAGAUUUUGACACGUACUACUAAUUUAACUGUAAAGAGAAGCUAAGCCGCUUAUACUUUGCAUUAAGAUAUGUUUGCCUUUAUAUCAUUGAAUAAGAAAUAAGAGAAUGUAGCAUAUAUGUCAUAUAUGAAAAAUCAAGAUUAUUGUGUUAUGCAUGGGGUGGAAGGGGUAUCGUGACCAUAUGGAACUAUAAUAUCUUCUGUUUUGAUUUGUGAAAUCACUGAUUCACUUUGUUAAUGUUGUGCACCGGUCCUGUCUGGAAUGUUCCACUGUCCUCCAGUGUCAUAGACCUGUCUUAAAAUACCGAAAAACACAACUAUAGGUGGUAAAAUGUCUAGUAGAAAAAUCACUGCAUCACAAUGGAUCAAGAGGGUUAAGAAACGUUCAGUUGGUCAAAGCAGCCCUUCACAUUUUAUAGAAAAGACGGAAUGAGGAUAAAAAAUAUUUUCAUUUUCAGAAUGUUUGUAUACCUGUAUUGUACUUCCACUGUAAGUAAGAGUUAUGUUGUUGUAUUCCUCCUCUUAUCAUUUCUUUUUGUAAUUUCAAACAUAUCAUUUUGAAGAGGAGAAGCAAAGGUCUGUCCACCUGGAUAAGCAGUGGUACGUUUUAGCUUAAUUAAGCUUCUCUGGAAACCCAUGGUCUAGAACCAAACUGAGUUUUUUAAACUACUGCAAUUAGAGAACAUAUGAAGGGAUGAGAGGAAGGAGAGAAAAGAAGAGGGAGGAGGGAAUGGGAAGAGAGGAAGGAGGAGAGAAUAGAUAUGGAAGUGACUAAGAGGAUGGGUGAGGAUGAGCAAAAGGGCCAGGAACUGUUACAAAGUAGAGAGGGAAAGAAGGAGGAAAAGAAGAGAAGGAGAAGGAAGAUGAGGAACAAGAAGAAAUCCAGUACAGUAUGUUGGAGAAGGGAGAGGUGAUGAAGAGAGGAGAGAAGGGGUAGUGUAGGAGGUGAUGGGAAGGAGAGAGGAAAGGAAGCUAGAAGACGAGGCGGAAGAAGAGAAGAACAGUGAAGGAGAAAGGUCAUUUGGUAAAGUCAUGUGGUAAAGGUCAUGUGGUAAAGUCAUGUGGUAAAGGUCAUGUGGUAAAGUCAUGUGGUAAAGUCUUCCCUGAGGACCUGAGCUUCUAUGUGUCUGUCCUCACACCACCUCACCAAUACAUCAAUUUAUCCUCAUCAAUACUUUACAGUUUUUUUUUUUUAGGAAAUCUACAAUUAACUUAAUUUCUUUUUGCAAAACGUAUGAUGUCAAUGCAAUGCAGCACCCGUGACAUGGUGUGUAUAAAUUGUUGCUGGCUUGGCAAUAAAUGGAUAACAUGUUUAAGAAGUAAAUAAAUAUAAAAGGUGUGA